CGGUUUCGGUUUUCGGCGCGCGCGUCCACGGAAGCCCGGCCUGUGAGGGUUCCGGAUCUGACUGCCAGAUGAGCCUGGGGCCAUGGCAGGUGAAAUGGUGAUCAGUUACCCAAGCUGCACAGCUAUUUAAGUAGCAGAGGAGAUUAGAACUCAGGUGUCCUGCCUCCCAAGAUUGUUAAAAAAUGAGUCUGCGGAAGCAAACCCCUAGUGACUUCUUAAAGCAGAUCAUCGGACGGCCAGUUGUGGUGAAAUUAAAUUCUGGCGUGGAUUAUCGAGGGGUCCUGGCCUGCCUGGAUGGCUACAUGAAUAUAGCACUGGAGCAGACAGAGGAGUAUGUAAACGGACAGCUGAAGAAUAAGUACGGAGAUGCGUUCAUCCGAGGAAACAAUGUGCUAUACAUAAGUACACAGAAGAGGCGGAUGUGAAGACACCGGAAGGCACUGCUCUUCAGAGAUGGAUAGAUGGAGCCCUUUUUGGUUCUCUUACGAUCUAUCUUAGUGGUGGUUGGUGGUGGGUUGGUUUUAUUUUUUAAUUGACAUUGGAAUAAGAUAGAGGUAUUACAUUACAGAUUGAAUCAUAAGUUUUUCACAUUCUUUAGUCACAUUCGUUAUUAUUUCUGCCUGUACAGAAUGCAAAAAUUAAAAAACAGUUUGUUUCUCCUAA